AUGGAGCUGUGUGACUUGCCACGCGAGCUACUGGCCAGGACGCUGCAGUUCAUUGACCACGCGAGUCUCUUGCAACUCGAAGUCGUCAGUCACCACAUGUGGAACGCCAUCGUUCACUGCGAUACGUGGCGAAUACUCGCGCACCGACUGGCGCUUUACGCCCACGACAGUUGCACCCGAAGCUCGUUGGGAUGGAAACGACUCGCGCUACUGACUCGGCGCCCCGUGAGCCAAGAGCAGUCGGUGCUCCUCCAAGUGCGCGACUGCACUUCAGUGGACCACAUCAACGAGUCAGCUCAAAAUACGCUGACGAGGUCACACUGUAGUACUGUCGUGGCGCUUUUGAAGAAUGGGUUCAAUAAGGAUACGGCGAGUACGGCUUUGGCUGGGGUGGGAGACGACCGAGCUGCUUAUGAAGCUAUUGGCAAGAGACUGCAGCUCGAGUGUGGCUGUGCAAGAGGACGUCCGUGCUAUUGGAGCAGUGCUCCGACGUGGGAAUGCACGUCCACUGAUCAUCUGGACUAUACACUGUCGGAAAAUGCUCUGGUUGAAAGUGUGCAGAUUGUGCCGUACCGAGUGUUUUGGUACCCCGGCAGUCCGACGUACUCGCCGAAGCGCGCCUCGUUCGCGUUCUAUGAGCUGCGUGAUGAUGGCGAGGUUGAUUCGUUGGUCUAUGAGUCGACGGUGUUUCAUAUCGUCAUGGACAUGACGAUGGAAACGUUCGAGUUGCCACGUCGAGUCUUCUUGUCGCGAGGGAUGUUGCGGUUGACGCUGUUCGACCGGCAGGAGGAUAUCGGUCUGGAUGUGGCCCGGUGGAUGCAAGAGUACAAUUUGCCUCCGUACUAUACGUGCUUGAGUUAUGUAGGAGCCACGGGACUGUUGGAACGCGGUUGCUGGUGA